AAGAGCGAGAAACAGAAGCACGUUGAGGGAGACAGAGAGAGAGAGAGAGAGAGAGAGAGAGAGAGAGAGAGAGAGAGAGAGAGGGGACAGGAACAGCGGAGAACAUUCACAACAAGGGGGAACUGCCUGGCGCGUCUGUCGCGGUCGCGUCCUGAAGGCUGCUUCCCGCCCGGGGACCCCAGAAUGUUCUGCGCUCCCGGUCCAUUUCUUCGGUACACGAACCAGUCUGCGCGGCGUCUCCACGGACACUGAAAGCCCAGAUGCUCACCCUCUCCGCCGACAUGGACGAGUCUUCGUCGCUGCUGGAUCUGCUGGAGUGCUCGGUGUGCCUGGAGCGCCUGGACACCACGGCCAAGGUCCUCCCGUGCCAGCACACCUUCUGCCGCCGCUGCUUGGAAAACAUCCUCAGCUCCCGGAACGAGCUCCGCUGCCCGGAGUGCCGCAUUCUCGUGGACUGCGGGGUGGACGACCUGCCGGCUAACAUCCUGCUGGUUCGCCUCCUGGACGGUAUCAAGCAGCGGCCGCAGCGGGGGAACGGAGGAGGAGGAGCAGGCGGCAGGCAGUCCCUGGCUGGGGUCUCGCUGCAGGGGUACGCAGUCGGGAUAUCCGCUCCCCCCCCGGGCAGUGCGAUCCGAGAGUUGCCAGUGGCCGUAAGGAGCUCGCCUGUUAAGAAUAUCCCAGCACUGCCUUGUGGUAAAGCCCUCUACUCCUACGAAGGAAAAGAACCAGGAGAUCUCCAGUUUUCUAAAGGUGACAUCAUCAUCCUGCGACGCAAAGUGGAUGACAACUGGUACCACGGCGAGCUCAACGGCUGCCACGGUUUCUUGCCCGCCAGUUACAUCCAGCUGCUGCGUCCCCUGAGCCAAACUCCGCCUCAGGGAAAAGCGCUGUAUGACUUUGAGGUCAAAGACAAAGACCAGGAUAAAGACUGUUUGGCUUUCAGCAAGGAUGAGGUCCUGACAGUAAUCAGGCGAGUGGAUGAAAACUGGGCAGAAGGCAUGUUGGGAGACAAGAUUGGCAUCUUCCCCAUUCUCUAUGUGGAGUUAAAUGAAACCGCCAAGCAGCUGAUGGAAAUCGACAAGCCCACGUCAACUAACGCUCCAGGUCCCAGCUCCGAGCCAGCCCCAUUGGGUCCUUGCACCCCUGGCCCGUCCCCAAGCGCCUCCCCGUCCAACGGGAACGGCUCUGGCCAUCGAAGAGGUGAAGGGAAGAAGAACGCAAAGAAGCGGCAUUCGUUCUCUGCGCUGUCUGUCAGUCAGAGGGCUGCCCAACUCAACAACAGACACAGCAUGGAGAUCUCCCACCCAGUCCUCAUCAGCUCCUCUGACCCCAGAGCUGCUGCACGCAUCCAGGAUGCAUCCCACCCGGGUCCCUCUCCCUCUUCGGCAGGGGUACUGGUGCCCCCUAAAGUGGCAUCCAUUACCUCUGAGCUGCUGGCCCAUGCCAAGGUGCAGCUGCCACUCAACAUAUAUCUGGCUCUAUACGCCUACAAGCCCCAGAAGGCUGACGAGCUUGAACUAAGGAAAGGGGAGAUGUAUCGGGUGACAGAGAAGUGUCAAGACGGAUGGUUCAAAGGAACCUCAUUGAGAACUGCUGCCUCCGGGGUCUUUCCAGGGAACUACGUCACCCCGGUGUCCAGGGCUCCUUUUGGAGUCAAUUCAUCUCGGGGUUUGUCCAGUCCAGUGGCUGGAGGAGGAGGAGGAGGAGGGGGAGGUGGAUGCAGUCAAGUGGGGAGUAAAAUCCCCGACCCCUCAUCCCCUGGUUCCCCGGGGCCUUCUUCGUCCCGUCCCUCCACGCCGCUGAUAAACUCAGCCAACUCUGUUAACUCCACCAGUCCUGCCUCCUCGCCUCAAUCUGCCGCCGCCCAGCUGAAGAACUGCCUGCGCUCCAGUCAGCACACAGUUAACCAGGCACGCACCUCAAUGCAGCUGGUCCACAGUCCUCCUGCUGGAAGCCCAGAGCGCCCCACGUCAGCCAUCUCCCCCCUGCGUCCUCAGAGCUCCUCCCCUUCGCGCUGCUCGGGCCAAUCAGGUCGCCCACUCUCAAUGGUCUCUCCAGGACCCAGCUUGGGGCCCUCACCCCUCUCCUCCCCUGCCUCGCGGCCCCUCCUCCCUCUCUCCUCCCCACUCUCCUGCCUCACGCCUCCUAACGUGUCAGCGGUGCUCCUCAACGGGGAUCCAGCCAGUCCCCUGCAGUCGCCUUCGCCGGGUCCCUCCCACGCCCCCAACCAGGGCGCCCUCGCGCCAAAAGCAGAGAAGAAAGAGAGAAAAGCAGCCGGUUUAUUAAAGCUCCUGUCGGGGGCGGCAGCAAAAAAGAAACCUCGAUCACCUCCCUCCUCCCCGCCAACCCACGACCCCUCAUUGAUCGGUCACUGCCCUGCGGCCACCGACCCUGCCCACCAUCCUCACCACCAUCACCACCAUGCCCGCUCAGGUUCCUGUCCCAUGGCGGCCCAUGGGCGAGCAGGCUCCUGUCCAAUUGAGAGCGAGAUGGCAGGGGCCAUCGGGCUGGAGCCACUGCACCGGAAGUCCGGGUCUCUGGACACCAACUUCCCCUUGUCCCCUCCACCAACACGCGCCUGCAAACCUUUGAUGGUCCUCCGGCCUGAACCAAAACCCCUUUCCAGAGAGAGGUAUCGUGUGGUGGUGCCGUACCCGCCCCAGAGCGAGGCGGAGAUCGAGCUGCGGGAGGGGGACGUAGUGUUUGUCCAUAAGAAGAGAGAAGACGGCUGGUACAAAGGCACCCUGCAGAGGACAGGACAGACGGGCCUGUUUCCCAGCAGCUUUGUUGAGAGCUUCUGAACUGGGAAAAGUUCAAGAAGAGCACACACUGAUCCUGACACUAAAUACACACACACACACACACACACACACACACACACACACACACACACACACACACACACACAAGCCUCACAGCUACAUACACAAAGAAUGGACCGGCAAUGGUUUCCCACAAAUAUAUUCCUUAGAUGAUUUAAAAAGUUGUUUUAACUAGAUACUUCACACAUUUUAAAUUAAGUUAAUUCUCCGAACAGUCUGUCAAGCAACACUGGAAUUUAAAGUAUGGGGAAAAAAACGUACAAAAUUCUCAAAAAGAAUAACCUGUCUUCUGAAACCAUUAUCGGUCCAACAACCUCGCACACACAUAAACACACACCUACAACCAUGUGGGUAAGUCAGCCCUGGCUUCGACCAGCCAUGCAGGAAGCAGGUUUUGGGUCAGAGGGGCUUCACCAGACUCGUUGGUAUGACCUGUGAUGUUGACUACUGAAGGCUCAAAGAGCACAGAAGGACAAACCUGCCUCCCAGCUCUCCUCCUUGGCAUCCUCCACCAGCAACUACUCACACAAAAAAAAAAAAAAGCAUUAACUGUGCUUUCCACUGAGACCUCAGAACCUGGAUUUGAGUGCUUUCUUAGUUUGAAACGUGAAGAUUUUAUGAGCAGGUGCUGCUGGAAGUGUUAGGUUCCAGGAUUGUUUUUAAGCACAUCUAUGUGUCUAGUUUGUGACAACAAGCACAUGUCUUUCUUAACCCAGUAUGUGUUAAUAACAGUGCAUGUAGCAUUCUAAUGUUUUUUUUUUUUUAUAUGUCGAAAUAGAUGUUUGUGUUGUCCCAAACUAGUCAUGCUGUGAAGAUUUUCCCCAGCCUUUGGUUUCAAAGCUAAUUCAAUUAGGUGAUUAAUAUUUCUAUUUAUAUAUAUCUUACUAAAAAUUUAUACAACAAUUUUUUAACUUAAAGUUGUCCUUUAUAGACCCACAGAGCGGGAGGGGACUGAAUUAACUGGCCUUCUGAAUGUAGGAAGAAACAGAAAAUCAUGCCAAAACUCUUGAAACAACUGAUUUGUAUUGACAAAGUUUUUUUUUUUUAAUUCUCUGUCAGAUUUUACAGACAAAGAAUGCACUUGGUAAUAUUUGAUACAACCUGCCAAUAUAUCUACUUAUACAGUAUUUUACAUCAUUAUUUAUUUCUCAAAAGGGGAUUUCUAUUGCUAAUAGUCAGAUGUUUCUGUUUCAGGCAUGUUUUUCUUUCUUUAAAGCAGCAGGCACAAAACCUCUCUGGUAGGUUGAUGAAUCCAAAAUCCUCAGCAAAAAAAAUGAAGUUACCGAUGCAGUUGAAUUUUCCUAUUGGAAAAAAACACACAUACUGUCAUAAAUAUUGCUAGCAGUAAUUCCUCGUAAACAGCCUUUUCUGAACUCUAACUGCAGCAAUAUUGUGUCCCUGAAUGUGUGCAGAUUCAAUGUGCAUGGAUACAUGUACAAUCGAAAGGUCAGAAGGCAGAGACACAAAUUGUUCAUCACACAACUGCCAACCUUUUGACAACUUCUCCCCUGAUCUUUACCAACCUUUCUUGAGUAUUUUUGUACGGCUUCGAUGCGUGUUACCGUCAGUCUGCUUUGUGAAUCUCUACAUCCUGCGUGUGGAUCCAGGCUUGUCUAGUUUACAUCCACCCACAACCAUCUACCUUUUCAAUCCUUCUUUCUGGAGAUAGAAGCACAGUGAAACUCAGAGACACACUGUGUUUAAAUAUGUGAGUGUGUGUGUGUGUGUGUGUGUGUGUGUGUGUGUGUGUGUGUGUGUGUGUGUGUGUGUGUGUGUGUGUGUCAGAGAGGUCGAGGCCAGCAGGACUAUAAUGGUUGUUUAAAUGUUUUUUUUUUCCUCUCCUGCUGCUGAGCCGGCAGUCAAGCACAAACAACACCGGCCAUGUGCACACAGGUGAGGCUCCCUUAUUGGCCGAGGACACAAGUGAUAAUAUAAAUGUGAUUAUGUCCUAACCAGCUGAGAGUCUGUCAUUGGCACAGUCUCCUAGGUAAACAGCACAAACAAUAUAUUGAAAGACACAAAAAAACAGAGUAGACAAAUACAAAAUGUAUUUGUAUUCUCACAUGGAAUAAACAAAGAAUUUUACAGAGACAACAAAAUGCCACAACAUUUUUAAAACGUAUAUCUUAUUCCCUUACGGUGUGACUGAAGAAUAAACAUGCAGAUGUCAGCUCUCCAGCGACUUGCAGAAACAAGCACAUGACAGAAGUAAUGAGAGAAAAUGCAGCUUCUCUUCUGUCCUAAUCGAGUCUUCGCACGACAGAUGUUUUAGACCCAACAUUUAACAUGCAAUCUCUUUAUUUAAAAGACCUCAACAUCAAUUUUCACUUGUUUUUCCCCAGUUAUUAGAUUCCUUGAGGAAACAAGAAUCAAUGUAGACACACACACAAAAUCACUAUCAUUAAAGGGAGCAUCUUGCUCUGAAAUCAUCUUCAUGCUGAUUACAGUGCAGUAUCUGUAAUCCUGUGCAUUUUUUUUUUCAAGAAGUGUUUCCUUUUUCUCCAGCAGGUCAAAAUCCACUAGCGAUUGUAAAUAAGACAUCGAACACAAGUUUAAAAGCGUGAGACAAAACUGAUGCCUAAUGGGAUAGAAUAAUGGAAUCAUGGCUCUGCUGCAGCCAGAGUGUUUUUUUGUUUUUCACAUAUUAAACACAUCCUGUUGCACACGUG